AUGAAGAGAGUGAACCACACAGCGGUAAGAGAAUUUGUUUUCCAGGGUUUCUCCAAUUUCCAAGAACAUCAGCUUACACUCUUUGUGGUGUUUCUCACUCUGUACAUGCUAACCCUGGCUGGCAAUGUCAUCAUUGUCACCGUUAUCCGCAUUGACCAUCAUCUCCACACCCCCAUGUACUUCUUUCUUAGUGCCCUUUCCACUUCAGAGACUUUCUACUCCCUGGUCAUUAUCCCACGCAUGCUCUCCAGCCUUGUAGGUCUGAGUCAUUCCAUCUCCCUGGAGGGAUGUGGAACUCAGCUUUUUCUCUUCCUUGGCUUUGCCAUCACCAACUGCCUCCUGCUGGCAGUGAUGGGGUUUGAUCGCUAUGUGGCCAUCUGCAACCCGCUUCGUUAUUCAAUCAUCAUGAAUUGGAGGGUCUGUGCCAUGCUGGCAUCCUCAGUCUGUGCCACAGCGUUCUCCCUCUCACUGGUUCAGGCUGUGGCUAUUUUCCAACUGCCCUUUUGUGAUUCACUGAUAAAGCACUUCUUCUGUGAUGUUCGACCUGUGUUGGACCUUGCCUGUGCUACCCCAAUCAUCAAUGACAUCCUGACCUUAAUUAUCAGCCUACUGGCCAUCACAGCCCCUGCAGCUUUCCUUUUCAUCUCCUACAUCCUCAUCAUCUCCACCAUCCUCAAGAUUGCCUCAGCUGAAGGUCGGAAGAAGACCUUUGCCACCUGCGCCUCCCACCUCACUGUGGUCAUCGUCCACUAUGGCUGUGCCUCCAUUGCCUACUUCAAGCCCAGGUCAGAGAACACCCAGGACCAGGACCAACUAAUCUCAGUGACCUACACUGUCGUCACCCCCCUACUGAAUCCUGUUGUAUAUAGUCUGAGAAAUAAAGAAGUCCAGGAUGCUCUGAGGAGAGUGGUGGGUAGAAAAUCUCUUUUUUAA